AUGAGUGCAAAACUUGAUACUGCUAUCUCGGUAUUGAAUUACUCACCCUUGUUUUGGUUUCGGUCGAGGCGGGCGCAGCGGAAGUCUGAUGUAAACCAUUACUUAUCUUGGGUGUGCAUCAGGGGCGACCUUGUUCGAGGCCUUGUCGCUCUUCGCCCGAUACGAAAGCGUAACCGGAGAGCUGUCAUCCAAGAUCUUUCUGAAUGUCGUCUUCAAUGGAACACCUGUUCUCGGCUCUGGCGGAACAUAUCGUGA